GAGAGGCGAGGUGUCGCCACACGCGCGGGCUCGUGGUCCCACGCACACGCACACACAUCCCCACCUCGCUCUGUGCCGUGGAGAGCGCAGAGAGGAGGGGGGGUGGUGGUUGUAGAGAGACGGGAGAGUGGAGAGCGUGAGGAGGGUGUAAUCGGUUAGAGUGGCCGAGAGUUGACGAGGGAGAGAAGAGAGAGGAGAGAGAGAGGAGAGAUCACCAUGGCAGCGCGGAUCUCGGCGCUGCUGCUCGCUCUGCUCGCGUGCGCCCACAGAGAAGGCGUUCGCUCGGAGUGCGACGCGUCCAUCGACCCCGGCGCGCAGCCUCACGGCUCCAUCUCCCUGCACAACUACCCGGACAACGCGCGCUGCACCUGGUUCAUCCGUGCGCUGCCCUCCGAACGCGUGAGGUUGCUGCUCACCUACCUGGACGUGGAGGAGGAGCCGGGCUGCGCCUACGACCGCCUCACCCUCAAGCCGGGCGGGCAGCCCGAGCGGGUCUUCUGCGGCCGCACCCAGCUGGGGCUGGGGGUCCCCAGGGCGGGGGCCGAGGGGGCCCUGCUGGAGGGACGCGGGCAGACCCUCGUGGCCUUCCAGAGCGACGAGUCGACGGGCUACGGCGGCUUCACGGUCAAGUUCUCGGUGGACGUGGACUGGUGCCGCCGCCACGAGCCGUGUGCCCACGGCGCCACGUGCAGCGCCGUGCCCGAGGGGUACCGCUGCUCGUGCAGCCGCGGGUGGAGCGGCCGCAGGUGCGAGCAAGAAGAGGAUCCAGGGGACGCGGAGAGGGACCGGGCCGUGGAAGCGUCGAGCGCGCACCCCACGGCCACCACGACGCCAGCGGCACCGGACGGAAUCGCGGGCAACGGCGACGGCGGCGGUGGCGGCGGAGAUGCGGCCUCAGCGGUGGCGGUGCCGCAGGGCAGUGGCGCAGAAGCGGCGGCGUCAUCCCCGGAGCGGCCUCCGCCGCCCUGCGGUGCCGGGCGGUGCGAUGGAGUCGACGCGGAGCGCGACGGCUCCACCGCGCGGCCCGAGAGACUCGCGCGGAGUCCGCCGACUCAAGGGAGCGGCAGCGGCGUUCCCAGCGGCACGAGUAGCAGUAGUGGCAUGAUCAGCAGCAGCACCAUGAGUAGGAGCAAUAUCAUAACCAGCAGCAGUAGCAGCAGCGGUCCAAUCGGCAGCAAUGGAAUGAUUGACCCUACGAGUCGCGUCUCUGCUAGCUGGCUACGCUCCCUGCUGACCCCAGUUGUGGGUGACGUCGCCAGCCCUAGCACCAACCUGGCAGGGACGAGGCCGACACCGUCACCACCACAGCAACGCGACUCCACCCCGCACUAUGACCGAGGGCCCGUCACGGUGCGAACCCCGUGGGGGUGGCGCAAUUCCGCGGCUCGCAUCGCGGGCACAUGGGUGCCGCGCGCCGCGAUAACGACCGUCACGUGGGCAGGGUCCACGCAGCAGCAGCAAGAAGAGCCCUCCGAUGCAGAGGCGCUGACAAACGUGAACGCGGCACGUGCGCCCGAUCCCUCGAGUUCUACGGCGACGGGAGAGUCGGUGGCGACACGGGCGGUGGCCGCGAGAGACGAGCACGAACCGGGGUCUUUGAAGGAGGAGGUGGGACGACAAGUGGCUGCUGCUGAAAAGUCCGGCGAGGCCCCGCGCACGGCGUCCGGUCGGGGAGCGCGUGACCCUCCGCCGUCGGAGCGCUCUGCCGCGGCGUUGUCGGGAGGGCGCGGGAGUCCCGCGCUGCAGGCCGAGUCCGUGAGCGUCGCCGCGCCACGCGCGCCGGGUGGAGAAGGCAGCAGCAGCGUUGGGGCGGAGUCGACAAGCCGCUCGGGGCCUGGGCGUUAUACUGCGGCGGUGCUAGAACGAACGCGAUCCUCCUCAUCAGCCGUGGGGACGCAUUCUCCGCAUUCGUCUCCAUCUCAGGGUUCAACAGAGGCCCCCCCGGGCGACGCGUUGGCCACGUCGGCGACAAAUUCGCUCAGCGAGCCGCCCGAUAGGACCGCGAGUCAUCGGUACUCGGCGGAGCGAUGGUUGCAUGUUACCGCAGAGGAGCCAGGCCCCGCCGAGCACACCCGGAGUGAGUUUCGCGCUGUGAACGACUCCGUGUCGGCAGAGUCCGGGUCUCUGGACGGCGUCGGAGUAACGAGCGGCGCUCCCUCGCGCACGUCCUCCCCGAAUUCGGCAAAAUCGCCAGGGCGAAUUUUUGACCCCGAACCGUCGACCUCGCAGGCGCCGGCAACGGCGGUGGGGAACGAAUUGAACGCGGGAGAGCCUCGGCCAAUCGAGGAGUCUGCGGUGGAUCUGGUGGCCGCGGUGGCGCGGGGAGCAGAAGCAUCACUGCUCAGCCCGCGCUCGAGAGGGCCUCCGUCGCCGGCUGGCGCUCGCCCGGCGCUCGCCACGACGCCGGCGCCGAAUACGGCCGCGGCUUCCGCGGGCGGACACGCGCCCACUGAGGAGCGGCGGCUGGGGUCUGCGACGUCGGAAGUGGCCACGGGGUUGGAGGCCGACUCCCCGGACGAGGAGCGGACGACACUUCCCACGGCCGCCCGCUGGCCCUGGCUCACGCGGGGUCCUCCGCUCGCGGCCCUCUCCGCCGCUGGGGCCGCAGAGGAGGUCGCGACGGGCAGCAGCGCCGUGGCGGCGGCGCUGCCGGCGGGGCAGUGGAGCCAGGCGGUGCCUCCCACAAGCGCAGCAGCCGCAGCACCAGCAGGAACAACAGCAGCAACAGCAGUAGCAACAGCAGCACCAUUUGUAGCAACAGAAGCAGUAGCAACAGCAGCACCAUUUGUAGCAACAGAAGCAGUAGCAACAGAAGCACCAGCAGCAGCAACGGAAGCAGUAGCAGCACCAUUUGUAGCAACAGAAGCAGUAGCAACAGAAGCAGAAGCAGUAGCAACAGAAGCAGUAGCAGCACCAUUUGUAGCAACAGAAGCAGUAGCAACAGAAGCAACAGAAGCAGAAGCAGUAGCAACAGAAGCAGUAGCAACAGAAGCAGUAGCAGCAACAGAAGCAGUAGCAACAGAAGCAGAAGCAACAGAAGCAGAAGCAGUAGCAACAGAAGCACCAGCAGGAACAACAGAAGCAGUAGCAACAGAAGCAGGAACAACAGAAGCAGCAGUAGCAGUAGCAACAAAAGCAGCAACAACAAAAGCAGCAGCAGUAGCAACAGAAGCAGCAACAACAGAAGCAGCAGCAGUAGCAACAGAAGCAGUAGCAAGAGAAGCAGCAGUAGCAACAACAGAAGCAGUAGCAACAGAAGCAGCAACAACAGAAGCAGCAGCAGCAACAGAAGCAGCAACAACAGAAGCAGCAGCAGUAGCAACAGAAGCAGCAGCAGUAGCAACAGAAGCAGCAACAACAGAAGCAGCAACAGAAGCAGCAACAACAGAAGCAGCAGCAAUAGCAACAGAAGCAGCAGCAGUAGCAACAGAAGCAGCAACAACGGAAGCAGCAGCAGCAACGGAAGCAGCAACAACAGAAGCAGCAGCAACAGAAGCAGCAGCAACAACAGAAGCAGCAACAACAGAAGCAGCAGCAACAGAAGCAGCAGCAACAGAAGCAGCAGCAACAACAGAAGAACAACAGAAGCAGCAGCAGUAG